AUGGCGAAUGAAUUUCAUUUUGGAGAUAAAGUAUGUAAGGUAUCUAACAGCACAGCGGUGGAAUUAUAUAUUGAAUACCAUCAUUUGAACACAACCGUGGAUACAUUUUGUACCAAUAUAACAAUGUGUAAAGUAGCUCAUUACAGUGAAUACUGCGAAUGGCUCUAUACAGGAACGGGUUUACAGUAUCAGCUUCUCGCCGGACCAUUGUUUCAGGUGUUGUUCAGUGUGAUGGGAAUACCUGUCUCUCUGAUUAUGGAAAAAUUCACAAUAAAUCGGAAACUUGUCAUUGCUGUUUGUGCAAUACUGUGGAGUGUAGUGGUUGCCUUGACAGGAUUCUCUAAAGAAUAUCUGCAUUUAGUUAUCACCAGAUUGGCGCUGGCAUUAUUUUUGAGAGGAUUUGGACUAGGUUUAUUCCACUGGGGUGUUUACGUUGCAUUUAGUAUGGCGUUUGUGAUGGACGUUGUAGUCGAUCACUUAGGAUGGAGAUGGGCAUACUGGAUUACAGCAGUGCCUGGAAUAGUUGUUACUGCAUUAAUGAUAGUGACGGUAAAAGAACCACGAAAAGAGAUUGCGACUGUAGAUAAAAAUAACGCCAGACAUUCAAAACACGCAUACCCGGACUCUGAUAUUUCUUUUUGCAGCCCACUAUUCGUCGUACUACUAAUCACUUCUUCAUUGCGAUGCGGUGGUGGUUAUGUUUUCCGCUACAAUAUAAAUAAUUAUUUCCGAUAUUAUUAUCCGCAUUACCCAUAUGAACAUUUCAUGACCUGGAUCCCAGUUGUUAUGGGAAUAUUUGGAGCUCUUCUGGGUGGGAUGUUGGCAGAUAAAGCCGCUUACUACAGGGGAUACGCUGGUAGACUGUAUGUGUUCAAUAUGUGUAUUUUUGUAUCGAUACCUUUAUCUAUCGGUGUGUUGUAUUUAUCCCCACCAUGGUGUUUUAUCCUUCUCAUACCAAACUACGCAGCCAUAGAAAUGUGGGGAGGUAUUGCUAUGGCUUCAGUUGUCGAACAGGCCCCUAGAGGGCGCCAGACUUUAGCGCUUGCCUUUUAUGUGUUCUCUAUAAAUAUGUUUGGGGGCAAUUUGAAUACAGUUGUCCCUUUUAUGAAAUCAGCCAUAGGACUACGUUAUAGUUUAAUGGUUUUGCACCCUGGAGUAUACACAUUGGCGCUGAUCUUCUGUUUGAUGACUAUUCCCCUUGCAAAAAUUAGAAUGAAACAUUUAAGUGAAAUAACCACAGACGAUGAACGGAAAUCAUUGCUGAACUCGGAAACACAAAAUAUUAAUUAG